AUGACUGUGUCCCUGCACAGGUAUUUGCACUCAAACAACUUGGUCAUUAUUCCUGAGGCUAUUGGAAACUUGGCCAGACUGCAGUCGUUAGACCUGAGCAAUAAUGCCCUGCAGGUUCUCUGUCCAGAGAUCGGCAGACUGAGGUCUUUGCGGCACCUGAGACUGUCCAAUAACCAGCUCAAAUGCCUUCCUCCAGGUAAGACACAACAGUUGUCUGUCUUGUUUUUAGAUUUCCUUUUAGAGGCUUUGUGUGUGUUGUUCUCCUGCAGAUGUGGCUUAUCUGCUCAAGCGCUGGAGGGUGGACUUGGUGAAAUGCUGGGUGAGGAAUUGAGUCAAGCCUUGGUUGGCCUGCCAGCUGAAGUGAAGGUGGUGGGCUCAGAGACAGAACAUGUUGUUCCCCUGGAGGAGCUGGCUAUGAGGACGCUACACCGCAUCUACCACCGCCGCCCGACAGAGCUCAGCUUGCUGCCUCCCAUCACCCUCCCAAAGAGCCUGCGGGAUCUGUUGCAGUUCCCCCUCGGUCACUGUCACCGAUGCAGCCAAGCCAUGUUCACGAUUAUCUACCCCAAACUCUUCCCCCUCCGUGACACCGCCCUGGCAGGAGUACACCGCAGGACCACUGUGAGUUUUGUAGCCUACUGCUGCUCCAGUCACUGCCUCCGAACCUUUGACCUCCAGGGGUGAUCUCAUUUCCUUCUCUCUCCCCUCCCCCACUCACGCACUGACAUAUAAUAAUGUGGAUCUUGAAUGUCUGUGGCUCGCUACUUAAUAAAGGACCUGGCAGAAGCAGCGUAUGCAGAUGUUUGGUAGGUCAGAUGAUGGACACAAAGCUCAACAUUUCAGAGCUUUGCAUUCCUGUUUGUGUGGGGGAGGUCAGCAGCAGUGCACAGUAGUGCUCAUUAAAUGGUAACUACCCACUCAUAACUGGGCACUUUUAAGAACAAACACUUUAAUCUUUGUGGAAUAAGAUGUUUUUUUCCACUGAAGCUUUUUGCAGCAGACUCAUCGAUUGCAGAGUGAUCUUUGAGGUGUUAACAUUUGUAGCAUGCUUUUGUUUUUAUGAUAACCGAAGAAUAUUUGAAGGUUUGUGAGUUCAAAGAAUGUUUAUCAGUUUGAUGUGUGUUAAUUUCAGCAGAAAUUAAAGUGAAUGUCUAAGAUAGAAAA